AUGGCCAUCUUUAACGCGCCUCGGUCAUUCCAAAAUGUCAAUGCUAUCGUCCCCCAGGCCCCAAUGGGCGUCAACCGCUUCUCCAUGGCAGGCGCUCACGAGAGCCACCCCCCAUUCUUUCACUUAGUAUUGCUUGUUUUUGAAGCCGUACUGGAGGUUGUAUGUGUCAGCUUACCCGGGUACAUCGCUGCCUAUCAGGGCAUUUUUGAUGCCGAUGCUCAGAAGUUGGUGGCAAACCUCAAUGUGACUCUGUUCACCCCGUGCCUCAUUUUCACAAAAUUGGGCUCACAAUUGACCGCUGAAAAGCUGACAGACCUCGCAAUCAUCCCAGUUAUCUUUAUUGUGCAGACUAUUGUCUCAUAUUCCUGCUCUUUCGUUAUCGCAAAAUGUUGCCGCUUCAAAAAGCGACAAUCAAACUUUGUGGCUGCCAUGGCGGUCUUCGGCAAUUCAAACUCUCUCCCAAUCUCCCUCGUCGUAUCGCUUUCGCAGACCCUCAAGGGUCUUCACUGGGACCGGAUCCCCAAUGAUAACGAUGACGAAGUUGCUGCGCGUGGAAUCCUAUACUUGCUUAUCUUCCAACAGUUAGGUCAGCUUGUGCGCUGGAGUUGGGGAUACCAUGUGCUCUUAGCACCUAAGGACCGAUACCUCGAGGAGGGGGAUCAUGAUGAGAAUGGGCAGUCUAUCAUCGAGCAGGGCCAGGCGCGAUACCUGGACAACCCAGAUCAAAUAGACCCGGAUGAACCGCUAGUUCGAACACGCAGCUCAGACGAUUUACACCAUAUCCAUCAUGCAACGCAUACCGAGCACCGUUUCCAGUCCGGCGAUCAAACACCUGUCUCGACGCGGGCUUAUUCUUACUCAAAGCUGUCCUCCGAUCAUUCGGAUGAGGAUGACUCGGAUGACACCCCGUCACUCAUCGGACCACCCCCGGCGGGCCCUUUCCUUCCGCGACAAAGCUCCCACGGUGACAUUCUCCAAUUCCCAGAUGUGGAAAUCACUGCGCGCGAAGUUCAAGAAGCCGAGAAGACAUAUUUCCAACGUGUCAAGGCAUCUUUGCGCAAAUCGCAAGACCGUCUCGGCCGGUGGUCGGACAAGAAAACCCGUGCACUCCACGCGCGCCUCCCCCCACACGCACAGAAGGGCCUCGCAUCAACCACGCGGGGACUGCGGCGCUUCCUCCAUGGCUUGUGGGACUUUAUGAACCCGCCUCUGUGGGCAAUGCUAGCCUCGAUUAUCGUCGCGUCCGUCCCCGCGCUCCAACAUCUUUUCUUCAACGACGGCACGUUUGUCCGCAACUCGGUGACCCGUGCGAUCGACCAGAACGGACAGGUCGCAGUGCCACUGAUCCUUGUCGUGCUAGGUGCGAACCUCGCGCGCAAUACAAUUCCCGCAGAGGCGCUGGCGGACAUGGAACACCCGCGCGAUGAACGCAAGCUUAUCAUCGCUUCAUUGCUAGCGCGCAUGUUUUUCCCUACCCUCAUCAUGGCGCCGAUUCUGGCACUCACGGCCAAGUUUGUGCCGGUCAGCAUCCUCGAUGAUCCGAUUUUCAUUAUCGUCUGCUUCUUGCUUACGGGUGCGCCGUCAGCGUUGCAACUGGCGCAGAUCUGUCAGAUCAAUAACGUCUACGUCGGCGCUAUGUCAAAGCUUUUAUUCCAGAGUUAUGUUGUCUGGAUUCUUCCAUCCACCCUCAUACUCGUUAUGACCGCUCUAGAGGUUGUCGAGUGGGCCGCUGCCUCCUCACAGAGUACCUAG